AUGACAAGUCCUGGUGUGCGGAUGCGUGCAGAGCAGCACAGGUUUAUCAAAGCCCGGGACCUGCAGACUUGGACUGAUUCUUUGCAUGUCUUACACCACCUGUCCACGACUGCGGUUCAGACGCGCCUGGUUCUUUUCAAUACAGCCUUUAGCAAACUCAGAAGCCUCGCCAACUGGCGCAAGGCAGUUUUGCUCUUCGAGUCCAUGGAACACAUGACCGUGGAUCGGAGCGUAGUAUCUUUCAAUGCGCUGGUUCGUUCAUUGGCUCUUCCUGGCUGGCUUUGGAGCCUAAACGUACUUGACCUUAUGUCGUGGGGCUUUGUGAAAGCAGACGUGAUCACGUGCAACACUGCCGUCAGCUCUGUUGGGACAGAAGACGACUGGCCGAGAGCGUUGUCCGUUCUGGACAAGUACCAGCACGACUGCGUGCAGACCGAUUGCACAACAUGGAACUCCGUGUCCAGUGUGGUAUCCAAGGGCACCUGGCAGCCAGCCGUUUCCAUGGUUCGAAGCAUGGGCUUGUUGCCAAACGUGGUCACUUUUAAUACGGCUUUGGCAGCAUCCGUCCACAAUGACUUUGCAGGAUGGCCGGUUGCGCUCCAAAUUCGGACAUCUAUUCCGGACAGUGUGUCAACAGAGAUCAUUACGGAAGUCACGGUCGUGUCUGUUUGCAGCAAGCAAUUGCAGUGGCAGACGGCUGCGAAUCUUUUCUCCUCGCUGUCGUCAGCAGCUCUCGAGCCUAACAUCGUUGGCUGCAACGCCAUGGUGUUUGCAUUUGGGCAAUCCUGUCGCUGGAGAGAUGCUGCGGCGAUGGUGGAGACGGCGGGAGGAUUCCGUCCAAACACCGUGACCUUCAACUCGGCUCUUGCUUCCUCUGAGAAGGCCGCCGAGUGGGAAGUGGCCGCAAGAUUGAUUGAAGAGAUGCGCUGUGGCCACCUGCGACCCACCACAAUAUCCUGCAAUGCUGCUAUCAGUGCCUGUGAAAAGUCCAGCAGGUGGCGGAUCAGUCUGGAGUUGCUCAUGGACAUGUUCAGCAAGCGCUCUAGCAUGGAUAUCAUAACCAUCAACGCUGUGAUGAGCUCCUGUGCGAAGGCCAGCUGGCAGGAGGCGUUGUGUGGUCUUUCGCUGGCCGCAAGCGAGAGGCUUCACGUAAAUGUGGUAACGAUGAAUGCCGCUAUCACCGCAGGUGACGCAGGGCAGCGGUGGCAAGGUGCAUUGGCGAUCUUGCAUCAUUUCGAGCAUGUGAAGCAGGAGCCAGAUGUAAUUUCGUACAAUGCGGCCAUCAGUGCCUGCGGAACGUGUGCACGGUGGCCGGAAGCUUUGUGGCUGCUUUCCAUGAUUCCGACAAACGUGGCAUCUGUGGUUAGUUACAGUGCAGCAGCCUCUGCCUGUGGUCGUGGUGAGCAGUGGCAGCGGGCUUUGUCAUUGCUGGAGCUUGCAAUGCAUAAGCGGCUCUCGGCAACUUCGGUUGCUUUUUGUGCUUGCAUAAAUGCGUGCGAGCGUGGCGAUCAAUGGCAACGUGCACUCGCACUUCUCGGUCUGAUGAAGCAUCGCGCCGUGGAGGCGAAUACCAUAGCCAUCAAUUCAGCUAUCAGCGCUUGCGAGAAGGGGAAGCACUGGCAGCAUUCCAUCGCCCUUCUUCGUGAACUCGAGCACAGAGAGCUGCAAGGUGACGUAACGACGUACAGUGCCGUGUUGAGUGCGUGUGAGAGCAGAUUUUGCUGGCGGAUCGCUUUGGCUGUGUUUGCAGACAUGAAGCACAUGGAGUGUGACACUCCAGUGUACAACUCGAUCAUGGCUGCAUGCAUCGCUUCAGGUCAGUGGUCACAUGUGGUAAGACUUUUGGAGGAGAUGGAGCACGACCGCAUUCAGGCAUCUGCACUCACACAAGCCACGGCCAUAUCUGCGUGUGAACGGGGUCAACAUCUACGCGGGGCAUGCCAAUUAAUUUCAGAUUUCGAGCUUGGUGACUUGCAAUGGGAAGCAGAGGAAAAAAAGUCAAUUCAGGCUGUCGUGCUGUGCAACACCCUGCAACUUACUCUUAUGCCCACCACCGUGUCAGAAAUGACCUGCACGAGCUUCGCGAUCACAUCGCAGAGUCCCUGCACGACAGGAUCCGGUGUUGUUUUGGGAUGGCGUAGUCUCUGUUGCAUUCGCGUAACGGUACUGCAGCUGCCUAAAGACUCUCUGGCAGUUUAG